AUGGCGCUUUCCGAAGCAACCAAAGAAGCCGUAUGGCUCAAGGUGUUUUUGGGGGAACUUGGUGAGAUGACAAGCGACGAAGCGAUCAAGAUGUAUGAAGACAACCAAGGAUCAAUCGCUCUCGCUAAGAACCCGGAGUUCCACAAGAGAACAAAGCACAUUGACAUACGCUACCAUUUUGUGCGUGAGAAGGUGGAAUUGGGUGAAGUCGUUUUGGAGUAUUGCUCGACGCAAGAUAUGCUGGCGGACAUGAUGACCAAGCCGGUCGCUGCUGUACAAUUUGAAUAUCUUCGCGAUCGACUUGGGAUCCAAGGUGCCGCAGCUAACGAGGCGAGAGGGAGUGUUGGACAGACGGCGGCUGUAAAGAAGACACCUCGUAAAGCUGCGUCAAGUGUGGAAACAAGCGGAAGACCAAGCCUCGAUAUACCGGUUGGUACCGGUAUGUACCAGUAA